CUCAACGGUCCUCGUAUCAUUGUGCACAUGGGAACGUGAGGCCAUCAAGCUAAACUGAAAGAACAGACACAACAGCUUCCAACCUGACCAUGGGAUAUUACGAAACAAACAUCACUUAUGAUGAGAACUAUAUAGAUGAGGUCUGUAACAAGGAAGGUGUUGUCAAGUUUGGCUCCAUCGCCACCCCUGCCUUCUUCUCUGUGGUGACCAUCCUGAGUCUAGCGGGCAACAUCCUGGUCCUGGCCAUCCUGGCCAAGUACGAGAACCUCAAGUCUCUCACCAACAUCUUCAUUCUCAACUUGGCCCUAUCUGACCUGGUGUUCACCUUUGGUCUGCCCUUCUGGGCAGCCUACCACAUCUGGGGCUGGACCUUUGGCUGGUUCCUCUGCAAGGCUGUGACCUUUGUCUUCUACGCAGGCUUCUACAGCAGCGUUUUGUUCCUGACCAUCAUGACGAUCCACCGCUACCUGGCCGUGGUGCAUCCUCUGUCCGACUACGGCUCCCGGAGGGGCUGCUACGGGGUCACCGUAUCUCUCAUCAUCUGGGCGAUCAGUUUUGGUUUGGCCGUCCCCGCUUUGAUUUUCAGCUCUGUCCAAGAGAAUCCCCACGAGAGAAAAAAACAUUUGCAUUGUGAAUACAGCGUUCCAAUGUGGAGGAAAGUGAGCACAUACCAACAGAACGUCUUCUUCUUGGCUGCUUUUGCAGUUGUGGGUUUCUGCUACGUAAGAAUAUUGGAGGCAAUCUUCAAGUCAAGGUCACACAUGAGGAAUCGAACCGUGAAACUGAUCUUCAGUAUCGUGGCAGUAUUUUUCCUUGGCUGGGCACCUUACAACAUGGUUAUAUUUCUGAGGUUGUUGACCGACAACUCUGUAGCACCUUUCAACGAUUGUGAGGUCAGCAUGAAGCUCGACUAUGGGUUCUACAUGUGUCGACUCAUUGCUUUCUCCCACUGCUGUCUCAACCCUGUCUUCUACGCAUUUGUUGGGAUCAAGUUCAGAAAUCACUUGAAGGUUAUUCUGCAGAGACUUUGCAGUCGCCGAAGCACCGUAGAUUCACAACCGAUGGGAGCGACUCAUGUUCCCUCAAGGGGAUCCAUGUAUUAGUCUGGCUCUUGAAGUUUCAGAGCACCAUGGACUGAGCAGUCCAACCAUGAUCAAUUGUAAAAUGAACCUCUUUGCUUUUUCAAUACAUUUAGAAUGUUACUUUUUAAUAUUUUAUUUCCAUUACUUAUUAUCAUUGUCAUUUUGUCUUGUUCUUUUCAUUCUAUUGUUAGUCCCACUAUUGGUAUUUUAACAAGGGUUAAAAUACUUUGCCUGAUGUAUUUGUAUAACGUAUCAAAAGUACUUUUCAAAUAGUUAUCUGAACCAUUUUUACAGUGUGUGUACUACAGUGGAUAUUAGGAUAGAUACAGAGGAGGACAAAUUCCUAAUUACGUCUUCAAAUAUGGGGAUGUAGAGUAGAUCAAGU